CUUCGAUUCUCAAUUCUUUGUAUAAAAGCUUUCUCCUUUUCUCAAUUCUUCGGCUUCCUUUCGCCAAAUUCUUCCCGCAAAUCUUCCCUAAUCGUCUUAAAGCUACGAAACCCUAGAUUUCGGAUUUCCUCGCUAUCCAAAGUAAUGGCUGAUCAAGGAUUGGAAGGGAGUAAUCCAGUGGACCUUAGCAAGCAUCCUUCAGGGAUUGUUCCUACUCUUCAAAACAUUGUCUCCACGGUGAACCUAGACUGCAAGCUAGAUCUUAAAGCCAUAGCUUUGCAGGCUCGGAAUGCUGAAUAUAAUCCCAAGCGUUUUGCUGCGGUUAUAAUGAGGAUCAGAGAACCGAAGACUACAGCAUUGAUAUUCGCCUCAGGGAAAAUGGUCUGUACUGGAGCGAAGAGCGAAGACUUUUCGAAGAUGGCUGCCCGAAAGUAUGCUAGGAUUGUGCAGAAAUUGGGAUUCCCUGCAAAAUUCAAGGAUUUCAAGAUUCAGAACAUCGUAGGUUCUUGUGAUGUCAAAUUCCCUAUAAGACUUGAAGGUCUUGCUUACUCUCACGCUGCUUUCUCAAGUUAUGAGCCCGAGCUCUUCCCAGGGCUGAUUUAUAGGAUGAAAGUGCCUAAAAUCGUCCUUCUAAUCUUUGUCUCUGGGAAGAUCGUAAUAACAGGAGCCAAGAUGAGAGAGGAGACCUACAGAGCCUUUGAGAAUAUAUACCCCGUGCUCACAGAAUUCAGAAAGAUACAGCAAUAGUAUGUAACACACCCUUUAACUUUUCUCAUCUCUCUUAGUAAUGGUUGCUUUUUCGAUUUAUACUUGCAUGAACCUAAUUGUUGUGUUUAUCUUUUAUAGGGUCACAGAUUUGUUCCCUGCAAAACUAGUUGUGCGGGUCUUAGCCCCUUGGAGUUGCUAAAGCUUUCUGAGAAUUUUGCCCUUGAACAAAGGCUUUCACAGUAGCUAGACUCUCACCUUGUGUUUUGGUUCAUAAUAUAACAUUGUAUAUACA